UUUCUUUCUUUCUUUCUUUCUUCUUCUCGAUAUCUUCUCCUCCUCCUCCAAUGGGGUUUGGGAGAUCUUCUUCGUCUUCGUCUUCUUCUUCUUCUUCCUCCUCAGCUCUCAAAUGGCUUGGUUUCGUUACAGCCGUUUGGAUCCAAUCCAUCUCCGGCAACAAUUACACCUUCUCAAAUUACUCCGGCGCUCUCAAAUCCCUAAUGAACCUCACUCAGUUAGAACUCAACAGUCUCUCCGUCGCUAAAGACAUCGGAAAAGCUUUCGGAAUCCUCGCCGGACUUGCUUCUGAUCGUCUUUCAACUCCUGUCAUCCUUCUCAUCGGUUCUUUCGAAGGUCUUAUUGGUUAUGGUGUACAAUGGCUCGUCGUUAGCCGCACGAUCCAACCUCUUCCUUAUUGGCAGAUGUGUGUGUUUCUUUGUAUGGGAGGGAACAGUUCGACGUGGAUGAACACGGCGGUCCUUGUGACUUGUAUAAGAAACUUCCGGCGAAACCGUGGUCCUGUAUCUGGGAUUCUUAAAGGAUACGUUGGUUUAAGUACUGCGAUUUUCACGGAUGUGUGCACUGCUCUGUUUUCCUCUGAUCCAGCUUCGUUUCUUGUUCUUCUCUCCGUCGUACCUUUCGCCGUUUGUCUCACGGCGGUUUUUUUCCUCCGUGAAAUACCUCCGGCUAGUACCUCCGCAGAGGACAACGAAGAGUCUAAAUACUUCGCCGUGUUUAACAUCGUCGCGGUUGUUGUUGCUGUGUACCUUCAGUCUUACGAUAUCUUGGGAAUCAAAACCGGAGUUGUCGCUAUUGCAUUCGCCUCGAUUCUUCUCAUCCUCUUAGCUUCUCCUAUCGCCGUCCCUUUCCACGCUUAUUUCCGUAGCCAAGAUAAAGAUGAACAAGACGUAGAAGGACGAGCCGAUGAACCGUUACUGAGAUCAGGAUCCGAGAUUGUAGUGGAUGAAACACUCGUAGGUGCUGCAGCGGCGGCGGAUAACGAGUUGCCACCGUCUCUUAAGCCGUUAAAAGAUGAGGAGGAAGAGAAUCAUGGAAACGUGGUGACGAGUACUGAGAAGAAAAGACCGGUUCUUGGAGAAGAACACACCAUCAUGGAAGCCAUGUUGAGUGUUGACUUUUGGGUUUUGUUUGUGUCCUUCUUGUGUGGAGUAGGUACUGGUUUAGCAGUGAUGAACAAUAUGGGUCAGAUCGGGCUUGCGCUUGGUUACACGGAUGUUUCCAAGUUUGUCUCCAUGAUUAGUAUUUGGGGAUUCUUUGGUCGGAUUCUCUCCGGUACCAUCUCCGAGCACUUCAUCAAGAAAGCUGGAACACCAAGACCACUAUGGAAUGCAGCAGCUCAGAUUAUCAUGGCCGUAGGAUAUUUACUGAUGGCUUUAGCAAUGCCCGGUUCGCUUUACAUCGGUUCAAUGGUGGUUGGGGUUUGCUACGGAGUCCGGUUAGCCAUAACCGUGCCAACAGCCUCAGAACUAUUUGGUCUAAAAUACUAUGGACUCAUCUACAACAUCCUUAUACUCAAUUUGCCUCUAGGAUCGUUCCUGUUCUCGGGUCUACUAGCGGGUUUACUCUACGAUGCUGAAGCCACACCGACUCCUGGUGGAGGCAAUACGUGUGUAGGAGCUCAUUGUUUCCGUAUGGUCUUCCUUGUUAUGGCGCUUGCUUCCGUUAUUGGGAUCGGUCUUGACCUUUUGCUUGCGUAUAGAACGAAGGAGAUCUAUGCGAAGAUUCAUGCAAGCAAGAAGGCUAAGAAAUCUAGUGGUAAUCUCCGAUGAGAGUGUUAAGCUUUGCUUUUGGUUAUAAUCAUUUUUUUUGGGGAGGGGGAUGUUAGUUCUAUAGUUAUAUGUAAAUCUUUUUUGUGAAAGUUUUUAAUGUUCAGUAUUAUUAGAAGCGGUGAUUGUACAUUUGUACACUUAUGCUUAAGAAGUGUUUGAAUCAGUUGUUUGGUGUAAGUUCAGAUAAUGGGUAUCAGUACUUAAUGUUUGCUCAUUUA